AAGGCAAAUGUCUGGUGAUGGAGGCAGUGGAGUUAACUGUGUCCAGACAACAACAUCAGCAACACAAACAACACAACAACAACAUGUCCGUGCCGCCAGCAACACUUGUGGUUAUUGGUGCCGCUGCAAAUAAAUCACAAAGGCAAAAGCAACAACAAAAGAGCAAAUCGAAAGUUAAACAACCAGCUAAGAAAGAAGAGGGCAAAGUUGGGGGGAAGUCACCACAACAAGCAGAGUGUGAAACCAAGUCAAAUAGUUGUCAAAUCAGUUAGUUAGUCGGUUAUCUAAUCAAUGGAUUUGUGGCAUGAAAAUAUAUUUGCUAUGACAUAAACAUUGACUAUAAAUUGACUGGGUCGGGACAAAAGUAUUUUAGUUAAGUGGCGCAACGAAAACGCAGCAGAAGCCGUGAUAAAACAAAAAAUAAAAUUAAAAAAAUGCAACGAACAGCAACGACAACAACAACAAUAGAGGAAAUUAGCUCAAAUGCAACGAUAAAUGGUGCAACGAUAAGUGAAUCGAUAGGCAUCACAACAAUUGAGACAACGCCGACGCCAGCAGAGCGACAACAUCAUCAUCAUCAUCAUCAUAAGCAUCAUCAUGAACAUCAUCAAAGGGAAGAAAGUGAAACGACUUUGGUUAUAACUGAUGUAAGCGAUGGCCAAGUUAUUAUCGAAACAGACACAGAGCAGCCACAAGAGCAACAUCAUCAUCAUCAACAUCGUCAUCAUCAUCAGCGGCAUCGUCAGAAACAGCAAAAAGCGCCACAACCACCAGUGCCACCGCCAUUACCCACAACAGCACCACCCUAUCUCACACCCACCGAGAGCCUGACGCAGGAGGAGUUUGUGUGGCAAACGGACUUGGAUCUGCCACCGCAGCAGUCAGCGCCCACAUCACCUGAAGUUGAGGCACCUACACCACCCGCACCACCUAGCAUACAGAGUAUUCAGGCAGCAGCAACCGUAGCAGCAACAACAACAGUAGCAACAGUAGCAGCAACAACAACACAACCACCAGAUGUUUGCCAAACGGAGCUCAUCAUAGAGACUACAGGUACAGCAGCACCGUCAUCACCCACCGAGCUGGUAUUCGUCGGCGUGGUAUCUGCCGAAACCACGGACAAGCGGAGCAAGAGUUACAGAGUCAGCACCGAUUUGGAGGCGCCACCGCAAGAGCCCAAGAAAUGUUGCCGUUGCAUCAUUGCCUAAGUGCUUUAAGGCAUUGCACUGACAAUGGCAUUUAAAACUCCAUUUUUUGCAACUGUAAAUUACAGGCUAAUAGAAGUCAGCGUGCGUUAGAGCGAGAGCAGCAUAGUGCUCUCUUUGAAGUCAAAAAGAAAUGUGAAAGAGCAAGUUAUAUGUGUCUGGCAACACCGGCAAACGAUUGUGACAGAGCUGCCACGCUCGGUAAAUUUAUUCCAAAAUCUAAAUUUGUUUAAGUCAUAAAUAAAAGUAUGAGCAAUUUCAUAAUCUCUCGAUUUAAUAGAUAUGUUAAAUUUAAUAAACAAUUAAAAGUAAAAA